AUGACCGUAUCCACUCAACUGAAACAGAAGAAGGAUAGGAGGAAUAUCUAUGUUCCACCACCAAAACUUCCCACUGUGGAUGAUGUGCGAAAAGUGGUCCCACCACAUUGUUUCGAGAAGAAACUUGUGAAGUCUAUCAGCUAUUUGGUGCAGGACUUAAUAGUCUUAGUCGGUCUUUAUGCUAUUCUACCUUAUGUGGAGCAAUACUUUGGUUGGGUUGGAUAUUUGGCUUGGUGUUGGGCGUUCGGAUUCUGCGGAUGUUCGUUGUUCGUCGUCGGCCAUGACUGUGGGCAUGGCUCAUUCUCGGACUACGAAUGGGUGAACGAUAUUUGUGGACAUAUCGCGCAUGCGCCACUUCUUGCGCCGUACUGGCCAUGGCAGAAAAGUCAUCGUCAACAUCACCAGUACACCUCACAUUUGGAUAAGGACAAGGGACAUCCAUGGGUAACCGAGAAAGAAUAUCGUGAAAGAACCACACUGGAAAAAUACUUUGCCUGCUUCCCGCUAUCUGGUUGGAUUCGAUGGAAUCCAAUCUAUACAGUUGUUGGACUUCCGGAUGGUUCACAUUUUUGGCCAUGGUCGCGACUAUUCACCACACCUGCUGAUCGUGUUAAAUGUAUUAUUUCAGGAGCAGCUUGUCUGUUUUGUGCUGGGGUUGCAUUUCAUUUUUGCGAUUAUUCAAUCUAUAAUUGGUUCAAGUACUACUACAUUCCGCUGACGUUCCAAGGACUAAUACUGGUGAUCAUCACCUAUCUGCAACAUCAGAACGAGGAGAUUGAGGUCUACGAAAAUGAUGAAUGGUCAUUUGUACGUGGUCAAACGCAAACUAUCGAUAGACGAUACGGGUUCGGUCUCGACACGAUCAUGCAUCACAUUACUGAUGGACAUGUGGCUCAUCAUUUCUUCUUCACAAAAAUACCUCACUACAACCUUAUGGAUGCGACAGAAUCGAUCAAAAAGGCACUAGAACCGUUGAAUGGUACACCGUACGGCUACAAGUCGGAGACGAACUAUGACUUCUUCUUCAGAUACCUUUGGAGUAACGUCGUACUUGACUAUCUGAUCUACAAAAGCAAAGGUGUACUCCAGUAUCGAAUUGGAGUCGAGAAAGCAUCGAAGACGAACUGA